ACAGAAAUAACUCACCAACCGAUCACCAUUGUCAGUCUAACGCAGUAUCCAGAAACAUAUAGUCCGAGCAGCAGUGUCCAGAAACCUAUCACCUGAGAAGCAGUGACCUCUUCGUCAUCCAUGAACAUUAAUUUGAGGAAACCCUAACCCAUUAAUUUGGACGCAUGAUGUUACUUGUAAAUAAGCGGCCAAAUUUGUGUUUUUUUACCUCUCUUGUAUGAAGUUUAAGUCAGGAAUUGUCGAGAUUUUCCAAGUGGGUGUUAAAUUGAUCAUCCUGAGUUAUUAGACUUUACGGAAUCUUUUAUAAUAGGAUAAAUCGGGCAGCUCAAGACAAAUUCCGUCUUAGAAACCUCCAAUUCAUAUAGCAAGGACCUAGUGAAAAGUUUACAUUGGACCUAACCGUGCGACCUUGUUGGGGGUCAGGAGAUAUUAUUUUCGGGACAGUGCGACUAUGCAAAGGUCAUAAAAUAUUUGUAUUCUGGACACCUGUUAAUGAGGUCUUGGUUAGUCAAGGCCUAGUUUUCUCUACUAUUCUUCACAAGUUUUUACAAAAAGAAAAGAAUUUAUCAAAAGCCGUGGGUAGGCCUAUAAAAGUUUGCAGUAGGCCUAGUUAGGAUCGGGCAUAAAGUUAGGUGACGUUGUGCAGACUAUAAAAUUUUGCAGCAUCUUAGGCCUAACCGCUUGACAUUUUCAAAGCCAAUUCUGUAGGCCUAACUGUGCAAAACUGUGAGAUCAACAAUAUAGGCCUAUCAGCUGAAAUCUAAAGGAGAUGCUGCUGCUGUGACUGAAUGUGUAUUGAAUGGAGGGGAGGGGUUGAAUGUGCUAGUUAUUAGGGCGGUAUGACCCGACCUAGAAGGCGAGGCUGCUGUACCAUUAUACAUCUACGUGAAGAUAACGCCAGGUUCAUACUUCUCGCCGUCGUCAUGGUGAUAUAUAUGGCGGCCGGCGCUACGGUUUUUAUGUUUUUAGAACGUGAUAACGAGGUUAAAGAGAAGGAAGAUUAUAACGAGACUCUGACUGCGUUCAAAACGAAAUAUCCGCAAAUCAACGACUCCGACCUAGAUGCCUUGUUGGCGUUACACAGUAAAGCGGAAGCAGCAGGGUAUGUGGGUAAUCGAAGAGAUCGAUGGGAUUGGCCUGGAUCUUUUUAUUUUGUUGGAACCGUCGUAUCAACCAUAGGUUUUGGUAUGACCACACCAAGAACAAUCGGAGGAAAAGUAGUUUUAAUUUUUUAUGGAUUUUUUGGUUGUGCUGGCGCUAUUCUGUUUUUCAAUUUAUUUUUAGAGCGAAUAAUUACUUUCCUAGCCUACAUUCUUCGAGCAAUUCAUAUACGCGAUAUGAAAAGAAAGGGCUUGAUAAGCGAGACUAAAAAUAAUAAAGGGAGACGACCGAGUCAGACUUCCGACGAUGAUCAACUCGAUGCGUGGAAACCGUCUGUGUAUUGGGUGAUGUUAAUUCUAUUACUCGGAGCAUCAAUUGUGGCGCUGUGUGCCUCAGCAGUUUAUCAACCGGUUGAAGAAUGGACGUAUUUCGAAGCCAUUUACUUUUGUUUUGUGACUUUCGCAACUAUCGGAUUCGGGGAUUACGUUGUUAGUCAGAGAGAAUCAUACGCUAAUGUCGAUUUAUAUCGUUUUGCAAACUUCAUCUUCAUUGUUAUCGGUUGUUGCUGUAUUUAUAGCUUAUUCAAUGUUACGUCGAUUGUGAUCAAACAAGUUUUAAAUUGGAUGUUACGAAAACUUAACUGUCGCUGUCGUGUACAGAGGCCUAAUCCAGGCCGCCGAAACGCCAUAACGCCAGGCCAUCUAACUAAAGGGGGAAAAGCUCCAACUGUAACCGUCACGGACGUUGACGGAGACAGCGAUUCCGAGUAUAGACGCAACUCGGGAGAAAUGAUAUCGAUGAAAGAUUUUCUGCAAGCGAAUAAAAUAUCCCUGGCCAUGAUGCAGAAGGAACUUUACGAAACAUCACAGCGAGGUCACUCACACAAGCGUGAGGGUGGUUUGCAGGGUGGAGUGGGGCCAAUGGCCAUAUUAAAUCGUAAACUGGGCCAGGAAGAUCAUUUUGAUUCUGGAGUUUGACAGUGCUGUGAUAUGAAGAUAGGACAUCUUGGCCUUACCCGCGGUCUAACUACUACGUAUGCGUGGGUCUGAAUUUGUAAUCAAGCUGCGGCUAAAAUCGAAAUGUUGUCUUUUGUGAUCGAUUGAUUGAGGGAACAUGAUUACCGUUGUAUUAUUAAACCAUAACCUGCGUUUCCCAUCUAAUUAACAUAACUAACAUAAGGUCUCACAAUAUUGUGAAUGUUGAAUAUCUACAAGGAAUAUCAGUCGAAAAAUGAUUCAAUUAAACACUCGGCAUCCAUGGCAGAUAAUGUAAACGGAAUAUAGUAAAAACACGCCAUCUUCACACAAAAAUCUUGAUGGCCCUCUCUUGUAAUCGAUUGAAUCUAAGUCGAUAGAUGAUCUAUCGUUUAUAUUUUAGUUUUCUUAAUUUAAUGUAAAGUAAACAAUCCGUGUGCAUGUUAACGCGGAUUAAGCCGUGACAGAUUUGAUAUUUUCCGAAAAAUGACCACACAAAAAGAACAGAUUAGUAUCAUGUUUGGUCGUUUGUAAACCGGAUGUUAUGAAUGAUACGGUUCUGAAACUGUUCACCUAUUAUUUGGUUCCUGAUAUCAGAUUGGUUCCUGGUAUCAAACUAUCUCCAUGUUCACUCUCGAUCAUCUAACAAUAUGACCAAUUACAGACCAAUCUUAGUCAAUGGCGAGCUAAUAACGAAAAGGCGGAUGUUAUCUAAUAACGAAACUGCAGAUGUUAGCUAAUAACGAAACGGCGGAUGUUAGCUAAUAACGAAACUGCAGAUGUUAGCUAAAAACGAAAAAGUGGAUUGCAGCCCAACCUUAGCUAAUGACGAAGAAGUGGAUUGUAGGCAAGGCCAGAAUGAUAAACAAAAUAUUCAACGUCUGUGAUGAAUUUUAAAUUUAAUAAUUUAGCUUGAUUUGGUUGUUUCUUUGCUAAACAUUAUUUUAUUAUUUUCUAGAUAUUGUCUUCAUUUCUAUAUGAAAACAUUUUAUGUAUAAUCAACUUACUUCACAAAUAAACGACGACAAGGACAGCAACCCCGAAUAAAUUCAAAUAUAAAUCAAAAAAUAUAAUGUUUAAGACCACAUACAAUCAAAGGUUAAAUAUAAUGUUUAAGACCACAUACAAUCAAAGGUUAAAUAUAAAGUUUAAGACCACAUACAUACAAUCAAAGGUUAAAUAUAAUGUUUAAGACCACAUACAAUCAAAGGUUAAAUAUAAAGUUUAAGACCAUAUACAUUCAAAGGUCAAAUAUAUAGUUAAUGAUCACGCACAAUAUAAUUUAAAGGGCCAAUCCUGAUAAUAUUUUGGAGAAUAAAACUGCUUAAUUUUGUGUUAAAAUCCCUUAAAAUCCUCUACCUAAGAGCCGAGCAGCUAACUCAAUAUUUGUGAUACGUUUUCAAACAACUUAAACCCGCCCGUCUUUAUCUGGAAAUGGAGACCGGUGUCCAAACUGUAUUAUACAGUAUCUGGAUAAAACCAGACUUUUAUUUUAUAAAAAUAAUGUGUAGGUGAAAUUUACCCUUCGUUAUCAAGUACAGCACACGGGUCAUUCACUGUAUAGACCUCUAAAGAAACGGGUAUCGAUUAUCAGGUUGCCCAACAAAAAAUUGACCCGAAAUCUUAAAAGGGUUACGUGUCCGGAUAAGCAUUUUUGACUUUCAUGUCCAAACGACUUAAUAUUUUGAGCUGAAAUUUUGAGACAAGGUAAUGUCACCAUUUCUCUAUAUUUGGGCGUUUAAAUUUCAUACUUACUCGGACUUUUAUUUUUGAGAUUCUAUUCAAAUCGGGAUAGUCCCUUUAAGAUCACACUCAAUCAAACCUAUUGGUCAAUAAAUAAUAAAUAUCAAUUUUCUAUUGAUAGUUGAUUAUAAAAUCUGCUGAUGUUCUCGUGUAAUCAAUAUCAAAACAGGUUCUAUUCAUAAACAUCGGGGUCAAGGUGGUAUCUAACCUUGGGCCUUUGAGUGUAAAUUCAUAUCUGGAGAACUUAAAUGCAAUUGCGCGAUUAUUAUCAAUGAAGAAAAAAACCCAACAUUUGUUAGCUUUUUAACGCAUUGGCACUUUAAGUUGUCUUUACGAUUUUCUGCAAUAGGAAAUUGGCGUAACCCAUAGAUACGGUAUGCUCAUGUGAUUUCCGGUUUGACAACAAAUCAAAUAACCCCUCACUGAUUCUGCACCAAUCACAAGACAGAAUUAACAUUUCUACUUGUAAUAUUUUUGUUGUAAAGUCAUGCUAUAAUAAUAUUUUGAAUUUGAUAUUUUGAGAUACUAAGGAUGUAGAAUUUGGUCCAAGCAGCAGUUGCAAUUGUGUCUUAUUCGUUAACCAUGUAAAAUACUCGACGCCAGAACUUGUACCAUAAAUAAAUAUGUCACGUGUUAUGGUCGAGUCUAACAAAGAAAGAGAAAUGGGGUUUAACGUCCACUCGACACAAACUAGGUCAUUUCGGGACUAACAUAUGGUUCAAGUUUAUUUCUAUAAUCCGGAUGGCCCGGAGAAAAGACAUGAGGUUGGAAAUCGACCCUACUCCUUGUCACGUACAACCGGGGAAUCGAAACCACACCAUUUGAUUCAAUAACAGACCUUACGAUGCAGCGCGCACACGCUAACCAUUCGGCCAUCCAACCCCUCUGUAGAUUUUAACAAACGGAGCAUACAAUUUUCGAAGGUAGUGUAAGGCAGUCAGAGGAUCCGCACCCCGGAAUAUACCUCCUGUUGAUGCAGUGACAUUUAGAAAUAAACCCACUCCGCUAUCAGCCUAUCACCGACGUAUAAACACGACGUCAACCAGUCAAAGUAUGUCGUCGUAAUCACGUCGUGAACUUAACCCAGUUCGCAAUUAGCCAAUCCCGGACGUCCACCAGUAUGACGUAUUAACACGACGUCAACCAAUCAGAUUGUGUCGUCGUAAUUACGUUAUAAAUUGAUGCCCUUUUCUCCGACAAUCUAAACAAUUUCAAAUCAAAAUGUGACCUUAAAUAAAAUGUGAUUAGUAAUGUGAAACAAUUCCAGCAGAUGAAUAUAUAAACUUUCUGUUAAAAGUCUCAAUAGGAAAUGUUUUCACAAAUCUCUUGAAGCAUUGAUUAUCGCAGAAAAAUGCUUCGUCAUGUUGUUGUCAAGGGAAACGUUUAUUGCGAUCGAACGCAUCAAAUGGACACCGCUUUCAUUUUUCAUUUGAAACAAGAAUGUUAUUGUUCUUUAUGAGUUUAUUAAGAUUGAUAUGUUUAGAUACGGACCACGUGACAAGCUGUCAAUUUGUAAUAUAAAUAAAUGAUGUAGAUAUUUGUCUUAACGAUUUGUUUUUAAAGAUGCAUUAUGUGAGAGCUAAAUUGGCCUAUCGCAGGUCUUUCUUUUGGUUUCAAAUGUUCUAUAAACUUUUUUUUAGACAUUUAUUCACGCGACAUGCUUAUAAUCAACACUCUCGAACAUCAGGGGGUAUCACGGUGGCUAAGUUGGUAAGACGCUGGCUCGCUAGCCAGGAGGUCGGGUGUUCGAUCCCUGCAUUCGCCGAGAAAGCUCAUCCAGAUUUUCCAGCGAGGUUUCCCCUUGUCAGUGAUGCAGGGCGGAGGGCCUGGCAAGGACAGCUGUCUAGUCGUUCGGAUGGGACGAAAAAACGAGGUCCCGUGUACACAUUGGCGUACACGUAAAAGAUCCCUUGGCAGUUGGAAUUCGAUAUAAGAGUAGGCCGUAGUGCCGCUGCCCGGGCAAAAUUUCCCCCAUAGCACACUGUAAGGCGUAUGCCCGUCUUCAUUAGCCCAGUUUAGGAGCAGAACAGUAGGACAUUAAACCCUAAUUUCAUUUCUUCAUUUCUAGAACAUCAGAUGGCAAAGAUUGUAACGGAUUAAAAUACAGUCGCCAUUUACUGAUUUUAUUUAAAAAUGACGAAUUGAGGCUAAGUCUCCAAUUACAAGGACCGUUGUUUCCAUAAUAAACAAUCUAUGCCACGACCUGACAAAACUUCAAACAUUGAUAACUUCGCUCAGAAUGAAGUAAUUUUUAAUACAUUCAGUGUGAACGAUCCAUUUUCGAACCAUUGUAGUAAGAAUAACCAGCUCUUUAUUUAAAUCUUACAUAAUGUAUCUUUAAGAAUAUAAAAUGCAAUCACGUGACCACAAACAAUAUUUAUAUUAUAUUAUCAUUGAAUUGAUA